AUGCGUAUCACGAGCCUCGCCGCCGCCUGGCUCGCCGUCUUUGUCGCCCACUCGUCUGCUAAGACUCUCCCUCAAGACCACGUGCUCUAUGGGCCUGAGGGGCCCCCGGACGGUUUCAAGGUUGUCCCCCGUGCCGCAAGCACUUCCUCUUCCGCAGCUGCAGCCUCCACCAAAAAGGCCGACUCCGCGUGCUCCAACGGCCCCUUGACCAGGGCCUGCUGGGCCAACGGCUACUCAGCCGUGACCGACUUUGACGCCAAGUGGCCCAGCACUGGCAAGACCGUCUACUACACCCUCGACAUCACCAACAGCACUUGCAGUCCCGAUGGCGGGCCCUCUCGCCCGUGCUUGAUGUUCAACAACAAGAUCCCUGGCCCCACGCUGUAUGCGAACUGGGGCGAUAUGAUCUCCGUCACCAUCAACAACAAGAUGGCCAGCAACGGUACUAGCGUGCACUGGCACGGCAUUCGCCAGCUCAACAGCAACACUCAGGACGGCGUCAACGGCCUCACCGAAUGCCCGCUUGCACCCAACGACUCCAAGACCUAUCUGUUCCAAGCGACUCAGUUCGGCACCACUUGGUUCCACAGCCACUUCUCCGCCCAGUACGGCGAUGGUGCAGUUGGCCAGCUCGUCAUCAAUGGCCCUGCCUCUUCCAACUACGAUUACGACCUUGGCACCUACACCGUGACCGACUGGUACUACUCCGGCGCCUACCGCAUCGAAGCUCAAUCCUUCCAAGACUUGCAGCAGAACCAGCCCCCUCCGCCAGGUGAUACCAUCCUUGUGAAUGGCACCAUGAAGUCCCCAGAUGGCAAGGCCGGCGCGUACAGCAGGGUCAACAACCUCCAGCCCAACAAGAAGUACCGCCUCCGUCUGAUCAACACCUCGGUCGACAACAACGUCUGGGUUUCCCUCGACAACCACAACUUCACCGUAAUCACCUCCGACUUCGUUCCGAGCAAGCCGUGGACCACCAACUGGCUUCUCAUGGCAAUUGGCCAGCGCUACGACGUCAUCUUCACCACCAAUCAGACACCUGGUAACUAUUGGUUCCGCGCAGAGGUUGCUACUGGCUGCCUGAGCGGAAACAAUUACCAUGGACGCGGUGUCUUCAGCUAUGCCGGAUCUUCUGGUGAUCCUGCCGACAGCGCCUCAAGCGUGCCUGGUGGCUGCGCCGAGCCUCUUCCCACGCCUUACGUUGCCAACACCGUCCCCAACACCACCUUCCUAAGCCAGGUCAAGACUCUCCCUGUCGAUAUGACGACUCAGAAUGUCACCACCAACCAGCAGAACAUCGUCUACUGGGGCGUCAACAUGACUUCCAUCGACAUCGAUUGGGAAAAGCCGACGCUGCAGUACGUCAUUGAUAAGAACACCAGCUAUCCCCAGUCGUACAACUUGAUUGAGCUGCCGACCGAAAACAUUUGGACCUACUGGAUCAUUCAAGAGGUUGAAAACACACCCAAGAUCCCCCACCCCAUGCACUUGCACGGUCACGACUUCUACAUCCUCGGCAAGGGAACCGGUACCUUUGACAUCAACUCUUCGCCCGCUACCCUUAACUGGAACAAUCCCACUCGCCGCGACGUUUCGCUGCUGCCCGCUAACGGCUGGAUGGCUAUCGCCUUCCCGACUGACAACCCUGGAUCCUGGCUCAUGCAUUGCCACAUCGCUUGGCACAUCAGUCAGGGCCUUGGAGUUCAGCUCCUUGAGGCCAAGGACCAGAUCAAGGGCCUCAACGACCCUGCAUGGCAGAAGACUUGCAAGAACUGGGAUGCCUACUGGAAGAACACCAUCUACCCUAAGCAGGAUUCCGGCCUUUAA